UACAGCAAAUUUGGCGAGAAAGCUUGGCAUGGUAUUAAACAACGCAGUGGUCUGCGCCAAGUUAAAACGGGUCGUUUCGGUCGCAAAAUCCAUCCGCCUCCUCGUCUUCGUGAUCGCAUCCAGCCUAACGAUCCAAGUUCAGAGUUGUUUUUGAGUCUGAACAUGCCGGGUACUCCGGCUUUUACUCAGGUUUCAAGACAAAAACUACAUUUUGAACUGAACCAACCGGACUUCCGAUUCUCUCGACCUUCUCCUGCUCCAGAGCCAAACAACCUUUCGCUUGUUGAUAGUCCAGCAGACUCCACCUUCGACUCCCACAGUCGCCCUAGACGUCAAGCCGCUUUCCGGUGGUGCUCCUGGGCACGAGUGCGGUAA